AGAAAAUGAUAAAUAAAUAUGAGAUGACUGAGAAAGAUGCGGGUAAUGUGUGCAUAUUGUAAUGUACACGAGGUAAUAAACGGCUAUGUCAAAUGUAACAUUUGCCGACCUCCGAAUGAUGAUUUUGGUCAUUUGUACGUUGCUCCGUUAAUUUUCGUUUGAUUGUGUGAUUAUUAUUAUAACUAUUGUGUCUUUAUAGCGUCAUAACCUUGCGUUUUAACAAGUUAUCUCAUGUGUGUACCACAAAUAAUUGAGGUUAUUACAUGUUAUGAAUCAUUGCUUAUGGAUAAAUGUAUUAUACAGUUUACAAAUGCACGUAUAUGUGCAUGCAUAUAUUAUACAAUGAUAAAAGAGAUUAGCUGUAUGAUAAUGCGUGAAAUAUUAAAACAUUGAAUAAUUUAAUUUCUGAUUUCCGCUGAAGUUGGGCGAAUUUGAAAUGAACUCAGCAAUUUGAAAAUCGAUGUGAAUCGAUAAUCUAUCGAAGUGCGACUGCCAAGUUAUCGACUCAUAAAAUUCCCUAGGCCGGAUCUUUUUGUGAAUUUCUAAAUUUUUGGAAAUAUAAGAAAGCAAAAUUUGCAUCGAUAACAUAUCUCUACGUCAUGCAUCCCGAAAAUUGUUCUGUCAUUGAACAUCGCGAAGUGUCAUUCUGACAAACUGCCAUAGGUUAUGUCAUCGUGCGUAAGGUAGUCGGAAAAUUGGAGAUUCUGACAAGAUGAAAAAUCAGGAAGAAGUGGAUCUGUAUCGAGACACAUAUGUGAGAUAUUUAGGUUAUGCAAACGAGGUUGGGGAGGCGUUCAGAAGCCUGGUGCCGAAAUCUAUCGUAUGGUCGAGCUAUGCGUUGUCAAGCGGUUACGUUCUCGCCGAUACGGUGCACAAGGGUGCAAAAGUCUACCAAGUAGACACUACUCCACAAAGGACUAAGAACGUUCUCCUGUCCACGUCGGAUACCCUCAUAUGGCAAGCGUUUGCGUCCAUAAUAGUUCCCGGCUUUACAAUAAACAGGAUUUGCGCGGCCGUUCAAUUUGCACAGAAAAGAAGCACGAGGGCGGUCCUAAAACAGCCUUGGGUCUCCACAUUGGUAGGUCUGGCGUCCAUACCUUUCAUAAUACACCCCAUCGACCACGCCGUGGAAGAAGCGAUGGACUUUACGUACAGGAAGUGGACGGGAUACCAUCCGAAAGCACCUUUAUGUGGCGUGAAGCACGAGUAGUGAAGCUUAGCUCAUUGAAAUUAUAGUUCACCCGAGAGAGGUCACGCUUGAGCAAACGAUUAUUGAAUACAGGAAGACUUACCUCAUUUUUAAUGAAAUAAGAAAACAGGCCUUGCUCGUUAACGAACAGUUACACAUUUUUCACGAAACUUAUCCAUCUAAGUAAGUACGGAUAAUGACCAGAUUUAUGAAAGUUCUAUAUUAUAUUCCAUAAUAUAUAAACAUUACUGCUACAUAUAUACAAUUAUAUAUUACGUAAAUUAAAAAAGAGCUCACUGUGAAAUCAAAAAAUUUGCCGAAACAUUCCAGAGGAAUAUAAGAGGCUGGCCUGCGACCUCUCCUGGUUAGUAAAGUGUGAAAUAUUACUGCCUGAUAAAUGCUACAAUAGUACAACAAUGCACUUAGGAUAUUUCUUAUUGUUAAUUCCAAAAAUGUUAUAAAUAUUUUUGUUACGGUGUACAUAUUGUGCAGCUGUAUGUGCAUUAAGGUUUCGAAUGCGCUGGCCUUCGCGCCGCGAUUGUUAAGCUGUUGAAUAAAGUUAUUGAUUCUACAGUCCUA